UUUGAACUGUAAAGCUGCAAGUGGCGGCACUUUGCUUCAAACAAGCAGUGCAGAGCAAGGACUAUGUGCUCCAAUGUGCCACCAGCAGCCUCACCAGAAUACAGAGACUAACACAUGUGGGAUAUUGCAGAUUAGGAUCCUUAUGGUAAGAAUUCCAAAUCUGUAAAAUGAGCGCAUUGAAGAUGGAUAAGAGGAAUGUUCUGCAAUACUGCCGACACUUCUUAGCUGACAACGGGACGUUUCAUGUUGAAAGAUGUAUGAGUGUAAUGCAGUCUGGGACACAGAUGAUCAAACUCAAGAGUGGAGCAAAGGGCUUGGUACGUCUAUUUUACCUGGAUGAACACCGUACCUGUAUAAGAUGGAGACCCUCACGGAAAAGCGAAAAAGCAAAAAUUAUAAUUGAUUCAAUUUACAAAGUCACUGAAGGGCGGCAAUCAGAAAUAUUCCACCGCCAUGCAGAAGGGAACUUUGACCCCAGUUGUUGUUUUACCAUAUAUCAUGGAAACCAUAUGGAGUCUCUUGAUUUGAUAACAUCCAAUCCUGAGGAGGCUCGGACUUGGAUUACGGGGUUGAAAUAUUUGAUGGCUGGAAUUAGUGAUGAAGAUUCUCUUGCUAAACGGCAAAGAACACAUGAUCAAUGGGUGAAACAAACCUUUGAGGAAGCAGAUAAGAAUGGAGACGGUUUGCUGAACAUUGAAGAGAUCUACCAACUCAUGCACAAGCUCAAUGUCAAUUUGCCUCGUAGAAAAGUCAGGCAGAUGUUUCAGGAAGCUGACACAGAUGAAAAUCAAGGCACUUUAACAUUUGAAGAGUUUUGUGUUUUCUACAAGAUGAUGUCUUUAAGAAGGGAUCUGUACUUGCUGCUUUUAAGUUACAGCGACAAGAAGGAUCAUUUAACAGCUGAAGAACUUGCUCAGUUUCUUAAAGUUGAACAAAAGAUGAAUAAUGUGACAACAGAAUACUGUCUUGACAUUAUACAGAAGUUUGAAGUUUCAGAAGAAAACAAGGAACUAAAUGUUUUGGGAAUAGAAGGUUUUACCAGCUUUAUGAGAAGUCCUGCCGGUGACAUCUUUAAUCCUGUCCAUUGUGAGAUCCACCAGGACAUGGAGCAGCCCCUGUGCAACUACUACAUAGCUUCAUCUCAUAACACUUACCUAACUGGGGACCAGCUUCUUUCUCAGUCUAAAGUGGACAUGUAUGCAUGGGUACUACAAGAUGGCUGUCGCUGUAUAGAAGUUGACUGUUGGGAUGGACCAGAAGGAGAGCCUGUUGUGCACCAUGGAUAUACACUUACAUCUAAAAUUCCCUUUAAAGAUGUUGUGGAAGCCAUCAAUAAACAUGCCUUUGUAAAAAACGAAUACCCAGUGAUAUUGUCCAUUGAAAACCAUUGCAACAUACAACAACAGAGGAAGAUUGCUCAGUACCUGAAGGAUAUAUUUGGUGAUAAACUUGACUUAUCCACAGUCCCAUUGGGAGAAUCCAAACAACUUCCCAGCCCCCAAAAUUUGAAGGGCAAGAUACUUGUAAAGGGGAAAAAGUUACCAUAUGACCUUGCAGAAGAUGCUGAAGAGGGAGAGGUCUCUGAUGAGGACAGUGCAGAUGAAAUAGAAGAAGAAUGCAAAUUAAGUCAUUGUUUUAGCAACGGUACAACGGAACACCAGGUGGAAUCUUUCAUAAGGAAAAAGCUGGAGUCUCUGUUGAAGGAGUCCCAAAUAAGAGACAAAGAGGAUCCUGACAGCUUCACCGUCAGAGCGUUAUUAAAGGCAACUCACGAGGGCCUGAAUGUGAAUCUCAAGCAGAAUUCAGACACAAAAGAUCGGGGGAAGUCCAAAAGGACAUCAUUGGGUAAUAUUGCUAAACACAAGAGAGCUUCAAAAUCCAGGUCCAAGUCAUGCAGCACUGAUGAUGAAGAAGACUCAUCUCCAAGGGAAGCAGCUCAGGCACACAGGCUGGGUCGCAGAAGGAAAACCAUGAAAUUGUGCCGUGCUUUGUCUGAUUUGGUCGUAUACACAAACUCUGUAUCUGCCCAGGACAUUGACGAUGAUGGGACCACAGGAAAUGUUUUAUCCUUCAGUGAAACAAGAGCUCACCAUGUAGUUCAACAAAAGUCAGAGCAGUUAAUGUUGUAUAACCAAAAACAGUUGACCAGGAUAUAUCCAUCUGCGUACAGGAUAGAUUCCAGCAAUUUCAACCCUGUACCGUACUGGAAUGCCGGAAUCCAGCUAGUGGCGCUGAACUAUCAGACGGAGGGACGCAUGAUGGAAUUAAAUCAUGCAAAAUUCAAGCUAAAUGGAAAUUGUGGAUAUGUCCUCAAACCACAGCAAAUGUGCAAAGGUGUUUUUCACCCAUUUUCUGGUGACCCCCUUCCUGCCAGCCCAAAAAAACAACUUAUUUUGAAAAUUAUAAGUGGGCAGCAGCUACCAAAACCUCCGGAUUCAAUGCUCGGUGACAGAGGAGAGAUCAUUGAUCCUUUUGUAGAAGUAGAAAUGAUUGGGCUACCUGUGGAUUGCUGUAAAGAACAGACUCGGGUGGUUGAUGAUAAUGGUUUCAAUCCUGUCUGGGAGGAGACCCUCACGUUUACUAUCCACAUGCCGGAAAUAGCACUUGUGAGAUUCUUAGUUUGGGACCAUGAUCCAAUUGGACGAGAUUUUGUUGGACAAAGAACUGUGGCUUUUGGCAGUCUUAUGCCAGGAUAUCGUCAUGUGUACUUAGAUGGACUAACAGAAGCUUCUAUAUUUGUUCAUGUGACAAUUAAUGAAAUAUACGGAAAGUGGAGUCCCUUAAUCCUCAACCCCAGUUAUACAAUAUUGCACUUUCUAGGAGCUACAAAGAAUCGGCCUUUUAUUGGGUUAAAAGGGCUUUUCAAUAAAAAUUCCAAACAUAAUUCUGUUGAAAGCAAUGGUCAUAUACGGAAGAGAUCAAUUGGUGACCGUAUCCUGCGACGUACUGCCAGUGCACCAGCCAAAGGUAGAAAGAAAACCAAGAUGGUCUUUCAGGAAUCUACAGAAAGUAAAGACAUUAUUUGUGAGACAUCUGGAACUAAAGAAAAGGAGCCUAUAAUACGAAGGACAUCCAGGAGCCUACAAGCACGUCCCGUAUCAAUGCCAGUGGACAAACUCCUUCUUGAGCCCUUUGAACCUUCAACAUCAGAAAUGUCUAAAGAUACCAAAGGAAAUGGUUCUGCUUCAGGGUUAACAGGAAGAGUGGAAUACAAAAGACAGAAUAAGGCACGGAUGUCAGAACUGGAUUUAUCAGUCCCUCAAAAUAUUAACACUAAAAUAAAUUCUGUAUGUCUUUCAAAAGAUUUGCGUCAGGCUAAUGACACUUCUAAUAAAAAUAUUGUACAAAAAAAGUGGAGAAGUUUACACUUAGACUAUGGGAAGACAUAUGGUGAGGAAAUUUUAGAGUUUAAUGAAUAUUUAACUAGUGAAUCUGAAGACGAAAAGGAUGUUGCCAAACAGAGAAGCACAGGUUUUGAAGAGACUAAACUAAUUGCACAAAAAUCUUUGAACCAACUUGAAUCACCUCCAGCAAACAAUAGGUAUGAUGUCAACUCAGAAUCAUUUUCUGUUACUGAUUUGUCAAGUACCAUGUGUGCUGACAUCAAUAAGUUACAGUCCACUGCAGCUAUACAAGAAAAUGAUAUUUCUCAUCUUAUUAAUGAAGUUUCUACUGUAAAUGAGAGCGAGCUGGGCAGCUCUGUGUCAGCAUUAAUCGGACAGUUUGAUGUCACAGUUAAUAAAACUGAUUUGACUUGUGUCUCAAGUUUGCAAAUUCCAAAUAGCCAGACCAAAAUUAAUGAAUAUUCUGAUGUUUAUUUGUCUAAGCUCUACACACCAAAAAAGAAUGUUUUAGGUUUAAAACAUUCAGAACAAUCAUUAUAUUCUGCAUUUGAUACUACAAUAUUUUCUAGCCCGGAAACAAGUGAAUAUUCUGUUUAUACAAUCAUUAAUGAGGAACACAUUGCUCCUGAUUCCAAUUGUAAACUAAUGGAUGCAAAUGUUAUCAAUCAAUCAGAAAACAAUAUCAGAGCAUCAUCAUGUAUGUCACCCCUUUCUGAGGUAAAAGCUAAGCCCACGGAUAAUCGACAACCAAGCUGGGAGGGCUUGGGAAAUUCUAACCUUGUUGCCCAACAUAGCCGUGAACACAAUAAUUAUUCUUUGGAUUCAUAUGGAAAUUCUGGUGGAAAUAGUUUGAUAGGAACUGGAUAUGGAUAUCAGGAUCUUUUAAAAAUUUCCAAUGGUUUUCAGAAUGAAAGCAAACGGUAUAUAUCAUCUCAACCAUCUUACCACCAAGAAGUCACUUCUAACAGCAAUUCAAGGAAAAAUGCCCAGAGUCGUGCAUUGCAGGCAACUGCUCAGAGGUAUGCAACACAGGGCACGGCUAACUUACCUAGUGCAGUCACACAGCAAGGCUCUUCACACAUGUAUAAAAAUAUGGAUUUUACAUAUCACAAGCAUGCCCACACUUCUAAUGACUUAAAACAAUCUGUUAACACAGUCAAUUUCCAAAGCCCUAAGUUUUCCAAACCUUAUUCACUUAAUUGUCCAUCUCAGGGAAUCAAACAACCUAGCCCAUGCAAGUCAAAAAGUCUUGGUGAUUUGACAUCAGAGGACAUUUCUUGUAAUUUUGAGAGUAAAUACAAACGAAUAAAUAAAGGAUUCGUCUCAUCAGGCUUUGGUGAGGAAACAGUAUCUUUUGCACAGAAACGGCCUCAAUCCACAGAUACGUUAACUGAGCAGCUGAAAAAACUAAUGACUUUUGACCAAGAAGACUGUUGCAAACCAUCGUAUUUUGAAGAAGACGAGUAUGAUAAUCCUAAACCAUUAACAAGGAGACUGUCAUCCAGAAGUCAAAGUAGGGUCAGACACAUUGCUAACCGUGCCAAGGAGAGGCAAGAAGCCAGCAAGUUAAAAAAUAGCCACCCAAAUCUAAAUGGGGUUGUUUUUCGUAACAAACCACCUGCAUCCUCUCAACCCAUAAAUAGACAUUCCACUGGAUCCUGUAUAGCUGAAUUCUACAAUAACUUUAAUCCGGAAAGUCUUGAAGGAAGAGGUAUGCCAGAGGGAGCAUGUUCAUCACAACCCUAUAGACAUAACCAAUUUCUUAGAGAUAAUUUAACUUAUCAAACUGAGCGAAGCAAUAUUGAUGAGCCAGAAUUUUAUUUCCUAUUGAGACUGUAAAUUAUUCAAAUGGCCAAUUUCCAUCUGGUUUAUAAAAUGUAUAAUUUAAUUUAAAAAAGAAACAACAACAAAAAAACAGCAACAACAAAUAUUAGGAUGUCCAUGCCUUUUAAAUUAUAUAGAGAAAUAUUUUUCCUUCCAGCUAAUAGUUUAGUCUUCCUUAAGUUUAAGCUGCUUUUGUCAGCAAUGUAAAUAUAUUCUUGUACUUUUUUCAUAUAUAUGUUUCAUUUUUAAUUAUAAUUUUUUUGUGGGAAACAGGGCAUUGUGUGCAUGCAGUCAACCUGAAAAAAAUUGUCUUAUAUGUAAAAUGAAAUCUGCAUGUACAUUUUAAAGGAAAUUUGCACACAUCAGCAAAAGUUAUUAUUGCAAUAAAAAUAACAUGUACCAAA